GCCCGCCGCCGUUGUGGGUUGGUCGUCGUUGCGUGGGCUGCGAUCGUGCCGCACGUGUUGCGUUGAUUGCGACUCAGUGAUUACCUUUUGAAGACGAUCGGAUUUUCGACUUGACCUGGGGAUCGGUUUUGCGUGAUCCAGCCAUUGAGGGAAGAAGAUAACUGACAGUACCAGGAUGGCUAGCCAAGUGAAGCCCAUGGCCUGGGUGACGCUGGCAACGACGGACGCGUACGCGCUGGGUGCGCUCGUGCUGGCCCACUCGCUGCGGCAGGCCGGCACGGCCCACCAGGUGGUCAUCAUGGUCACACCGGGUGUCUCACAGCAGAUGAGGGCGCAGCUGGCCGGCCCGUUCGACUCCGUCAUCGCGGUGGACGUGAUGGACUCGGGGGACGCGGCGCACCUGGCGCUGAUGGCGCGGCCCGAGCUGGGUGUCACGCUCACCAAGCUUCACUGCUGGACUCUGCGCCAGUUCAGCAAGUGCGUCUUCCUCGAUGCCGACUGUCUGGUGAUGACCAACUGUGACGAGCUGUUUGAGCGCGAGGAGCUGUCGGCGGCGCCCGACAUCGGCUGGCCCGACUGCUUCAACUCGGGCGUCUUCGUCUUCACCCCCAGCGACGACACGUUCAACGCGCUCGUCAGACUCGCCGCCGAAACGGGCAGCUUCGACGGCGGCGAUCAGGGUCUGCUCAACACGUACUUCUCCGACUGGUCAACUCGUGACAUCGGCCGCCACUUGCCGUUCCUGUACAACAUGACGGCCAGCGCCGCCUACACCUACCUGCCCGCCUUCCGGAGGUUCGGCCGCGACGUCAAGAUCGUGCACUUCCUGGGCGCGCACAAACCGUGGACGUCGCCAGAGCACGCCGACCCCGGCUCGCCGACUGGCCGCUUCCACUGCGCCUGGUGGGACGUGUACCACGGUCACGUGCGACCCGCCGCGCCGCAGUUCGUGGUCAGUGUCGGCUCGGAAGACGGCAAGCCUGUAGACUCGGCAACCAGCGAGCUGGUGAGCGGCAUGGGCCGGCUGCAGAUGUCGCCACCGUCGGCGGACGAGGCCGCGCGUCGCGGCGCUUGGGAGCGUGGCCAGAUGGACUACAUGGGCUCCGACAGCUUCGAGAACAUCCUCAACAAGAUCAACCAUACGCUGUCGAACAAGUAGCGGGCGCGCCGCUCCCCUGUAGGUCGCACUCCGCGGCGGUUCGUGGCCGGCGCGGUCAGAAGAUCUUCCGUUGUAGUGGUUUAGUCGCGCUCCGUCUCCGCGCUCUCCCCCUCCCCCUUGCGUGGUGUGGUUGGCUGCUUUGUCUCAGUGAAGGCGUUUGAUCACAACUCCUGCCGUUUUCCGCCGGAAUCUCGCCCACUGGUUUUCGCGUCCCCACCGACACUGAAGUAUCGCCCUCGCGUUAAGACGGCGCGACGUGUAGCGUGGGCCCUCCGUCGACUCGCGGCGACCGCGGUGCGGCCUGGGUUUCGCCCUGGCGCAUCGUUAGGAAUAAUCUGUCUCGGCGUUGGAAGACGUUGUUAGAAUCGACUGUCGUUGGUUCGUGUGCCAUGUUAUAGGGUCUGUGAGGCCGCAGUGCCGCUUCCGGCCCAACUCAGGAGUUACCAGUGGGCUGGGGGGUAGACGCGUCGUGCUGUGUUUCUGGGGCUGCCCUCCGGUCGCGCUGGUCGAAACGGCGCCUAACCCAAACGUUGCGGUCACUGGUCCGUCGGUCUGUCCUCGCUGCUGUCACACGAAGCCCAACCAUAAGCAUCGUUCCCAAGGUCUGGUGGCCGCGCGGAAACGCUGUUGGCACCUGCCGCACCGAGCCGUGCAAUAGAGGAGCGGCCGUCAGCCAGACGGCGAGCCCGUGGCGUGCCCCGUAGCGUGCCGUGCCGGUGGUGAAGUCUCGGGGGCGGCCGGGGCGCGCGGCCGCUCGCGAGGCG